AUUUUAUAUCCGGAACUUGCAGGCUGCUUCCUUCGCGAAACCCUGACCGUGGCGGGAAUUUGGAAGGUGGACGCGUGUCUUGGAGCUUUUGAGUUUUUAUUUUAAAGCGUUUGUGCUCUGUCUAAAGUUGCUUGAUCAGCGGAGAUGUCUGAGCACGGGGAGAUGAACGGCGAUUCAAAUGGGGAAGCUGCUGGACCAUGCAAUAGCGGUGCGGCGGGGAACCCGGGAGCGGCACACAGGCGGUUUACUUUCAGCGAGGAGCCGAACAUGGAGGACAUUCGCAGGCUCCAGGCGGAGUUCACGGACGAGAGAGACUGGAACCAGUUCCAUCAGCCCAGGAACCUGCUGCUCGCCCUGAUCGGGGAGGUGGGAGAGGUGGCGGAGCUGUUCCAGUGGCGGGGCGAGACGGCGGAGGGGCUGCCGGACUGGAAGGCGGCGGAGCGUGAGCAGUUGGAGCACGAACUGAGUGACGUGCUCAUCUACUUGCUGGAGCUGGCCGAGAAGUGCCAUGUGGACCUGCCGCAGGCCGUGCUCCGCAAGAUGGCCCUGAACCGGCUCAAGUACCCGGUCAGCAAAGCGUACGGGUCGGCCAAGAAGUACACGGAGUUCAAGGACUGAGCAGCGGCCCCGGGGCGUCGUGUCUGGGCCGCAUCUGACUUUUACAUCAACCUCGUGCGUCCAGCAUCAUACACUUAAGCUGCUAUCCAGCGGAUUGUUGUUUUAUUUCGGAUAUUUUGUUUUACUUUUAGCAUCACUGGACAACCUGGACGGUUUAAAAUCAGUUCCCCCAGUUUUAGGACACUUUUAUUUGCGCCAGGUUGGCAUAAUCGGGGCAGGGAUUGUUUGCAUAUUGCAUUUUCAGCAGUUACUUUUUUGAAAACAUGGACAAUUCUAGAUGUAGUUAUUUGAUUGUAUAUCAGAAGUGGAAAGUUCGGGUCCAGAAAGUAAGACCCGAAGAUUUUGCUUCAACCAACCAGUCACAGACACAGUACUCAACUGGUUAGUUGAAACAAAAUCUUGGUCUGGAUUUUUACUUUCUGGACCUGAACUACCCACCUCUGCUGUAUAUAGUUUAGCAUGUCCAGUUUCUUGCGCUUGCUAUCCCUCCAAACUGCUGUAUCAUUGACAGGAUUUGCCAAAGUGUUCCCCUUACCUACCUGUAAAACAUAUGCCUCAGUUACAGUGCUGUUGUGGACAUUUCAGUAAUUUACUAAAGGGAACCUGCAUGCUCAUAUUGGUGAAGUUUUCUGGCAAAUCCAAUACAGAAGCUUUUACCUGACUCCACAAUUUAAAAAUUGUAUGACUGCUGUUUUGUAAUUUGGUUGUGACCAUUAAACGCCCUCGAUACUA